CGCGACGCCACGUUUGCCUCGCUCAAGCCGCACCUCGACUACUCGACGUGGAAGGCGCUCGCCGUGUCGCCGUUUGGCUACGAGCGCAUGUCGGACGUGCAGGAGGCCGUGCUGCACCUGCUGCCCGAGCUCGCCGAGAGCGUCGGCGGCACGAUGAGCGACGGCAAGGGCCGUGACAUGCUCGUCAAGGCGCGCACCGGCACGGGCAAGACGAUUGCCUUCCUCACGCCGGCCGUCGAGGCGCGCGUGGCGGCCAUCUACAACGUCGAGCGCGGCCGCUUCUCGCCCGCCUGGCAGCGCGUGCUCGACCGCCACCGCCCGGACCUGGACUUUGCCGCGCUCGACAAGCACGGCCGGCAAGAGGUGGCGCGUCAGUACACGAGCAACACCGUCGGCACCCUUAUCCUCUCGCCCACGCGCGAGCUCGCGUCGCAGAUCGCUGCCGAGGCAACGAAGCUGACGUCGCACCACAAGGGCUUCGGCGUGCACCUCCUCGUCGGCGGCGAGUCACGCUCGCGCCAGCUGAGCGAGUGGCGCCGCGGCCGCCCCGACAUCGUCGUCGCCACGCCCGGCCGCGCGCUUGACCUGAUGAACGAUGACAAGAUGAUCCGUGAGGCCAUGCUGGCAUGCGAGACGCUUGUGCUCGACGAGGCCGAUACGCUCCUCGAGAUGGGCUUCCGCGACGACAUCAAGGCCAUCACCGACUUCCUGCCGCCGACGUCGCAGCGCAACACGAUGCUCUUCAGCGCCACCGUCUCGCGCGAGAUCCGCGAUGUGACGAAGCUCACGCUUGCGCCGAAUCACCGCUUCGUCGACUGCGUGCCGGCGGGCGAGGAGAACGUGCACAAGCGCAUCCCGCAGUUCGCCACUGUACUCGAGUCGCCGGCCGACCAGCUGAAGCACACCAUGCGCCUUGUGGCCCACGACCAGCUCAGUAACCCGGGCAAGAGCAAGAUCAUCGUCUUUGCGCCAACGACGGCGCUCACGCGGCUGCUCACGCGCGUCUUCACUGACCCGCGCAUUCUGGCCGCGAUGCCGGCGAGCGGCCGCGGCACGCACGUCUACGACAUCCACUCGAAGAAGGACCAGCGGCAACGCACCCAGGCCUCCGACGCCUUCCGGUACGACCAGGGCGGCGCUGCCAUCCUCGUCUCGUCGGACGUGUCGGCGCGCGGCGUCGACUACCCGGGCACGACGCGCGUGAUCCAGGUGGGCGCGCCGGGCAGCGGCGACCAGUACAUCCACCGCAUCGGCCGCACGGGCCGUGCCGGCAAGGAUGGCCGCGGCGACAUUGUGCUGCUGGACUGGGAGGCGGGCAUGCUCGAGAUGGUGCGCGACCUGCCCGUGCAGCAGAUGAGCGUCGCGGCUCUCGAGACGGAGCUGGCCAAGCUGGCGGCCUCGUACGACGCGGACCCGUCGUCCAUCGUGCCGGCGGACGUGCUGCACCUCAUGCACAACCCGCCGCCGCGCGGCAUCGGCCGCGAGAACAAGGCACGCGGCCGCUUUGGCGGCUCGACGCCAAAGCCGGAGCGCAUUGCGUACGCCUCGCGCUUCGCCCCGCAGGGCGAGAUGCAGAGCAGCGUCACUGAGCAGCUCGACGCCGCCGUCGAGGCCGUCGUGGCCUCGCUGGACCCGCUGGAGAUUGAAGAGUGCUUCAUGUCGCAGCUCGGCUUCUACAUCGGGCGGUCCAACGACCUGCGCAUCAGCAAGGAGGGCGUCAUUGACGGCCUCAAGUCGUGGGCCACCGACGCGAUGGGCAUGCCCGAGGCGCCGUAUCUCAGUCCGUCCUUCCUGCAGAAGCUCGGCGUCAGGUCGGGAGGCCGGAGUGGCGGCGGCCGUUCCAGAUUCGGCAGCUCCGGCAGCAGCUACAACAGCGAGCGCGGCCAUGGCGGAUACCAGGCGGCGCGCGGCGGCCGUGGCGGCUUCGGCGGCUCGAGCCGCGGCGGACGAGGCAGCUUCGGCGGACGCGACAGCUACGCGGGCGGGCGUGACAGCUACUCGGGCGGCAGCUCGCGCUUCAGCGACGAGGGCAGCAGC